CCAAAACCCUAAUAAAUCUGUUACUUACCUCGAAAUCUAAUUACCCAGACUACUAAUUAGGUGAAAAUGAUUACUGGAAAUGACUUCAAAUGUGGAAUAAUAGUGGCUGAGCAGUUUUCUCAAGUUUGUCGAUUAGCACAUUGGUAUUUUAGAUGUUAACUGCACUGGCAUUUUAGGUUAGCAGCUGAAAGUGGUAAAAAGCUAAGAUAAUUAAAAUCUGCCAUGGUAAGGCAACAGUCUGGGGGAGAAGUAGAUUUCUUGAAUUGUUUCUUUGUUUCUCACCAAUGGGCUUUGUUAUCAGCAUUAUUUAUUUAGCCAAAGAGUUCUUUGUCUCUGCAAAUGGCCCCAAUCAAGUUUUGUUUGAGACAAUUAGCUAGUGCCAGCCAAUGAGUCCUAUGCAAAUGUCGGAAUGGGAAUGCAACCUGCAUUUGAAGGCGUGGGGGUUUUGUUCUUGGGGGUAGGCAGAUCGUAAUUGCUUUCCUGGGGUACUUUUUUUUUUUUUUUUAGUUUAGAGUGGGGGUUGGGAGGACAGGUUUAUCUGGUCUCUCUCCAUCCCCUCUAGUUCCAGAGCAGCUGGGGUAGGGAGAGGGGGGUCGAGAGGGGCUGGGUUUGAAAGGCCUUUAAAAGCCUCUGCUUUGCCUAGCUCCAACUGUUUGUGCUGAAACGUGCGAGAGCUAAUGCCUCCGAAGCAGUAAACCAGCUCCUCUCUAUGUUUGUUUGUUUUGCAUAUAGUUCCACUACUUAUAACCCACUCAUCAAGGACCCCCGAAUCUGUCCAUCCCCGCCGAAGCGAUACCAUCUGGCUGGGUCCCGACAAUUUGGGCUGACUUUGCGCCUCCAAACAAACUUAGCAUGAUGUCUUAUCUUAAGCAACCGCCUUACGCAGUCAAUGGGCUGAGCCUGACCACUUCGGGCAUGGACUUGCUGCACCCCUCGGUGGGCUACCCGGGACCCUGGGCUUCUUGUCCCGCAGCCACCCCCCGGAAACAGCGCCGGGAGAGGACGACGUUCACUCGGGCUCAGCUAGAUGUGCUGGAAGCUUUGUUUGCUAAGACCCGGUACCCAGACAUCUUCAUGCGGGAGGAGGUGGCGCUGAAAAUCAACUUGCCUGAGUCCAGGGUGCAGGUAUGGUUUAAGAAUCGAAGAGCUAAGUGCCGCCAACAGCAGCAGCAGCAGCAGAAUGGAGGUCAAAAUAAAGUGAGACCUGCCAAAAAGAAGACCUCUCCAGCCCGGGAAGUGAGUUCAGAGAGUGGAACAAGUGGCCAGUUUACUCCCCCCUCUAGCACCUCAGUCCCAGCUAUUUCCAGCAGCAGUGCUCCUGUGUCUAUCUGGAGCCCAGCUUCCAUCUCCCCAUUGUCUGAUCCCUUGUCCACUUCCUCUUCCUGCAUGCAAAGAUCCUAUCCCAUGACCUAUACUCAGGCACCAGGUUAUAGUCAAGGAUAUGCUGGCUCAACUUCCUACUUUGGAGGCAUGGACUGUGGAUCUUAUUUGACCCCUAUGCAUCACCAGCUUCCUGGACCAGGGGCCACACUCAGCCCCAUGGGUACCAAUACAGUCGCCAGCCAUCUCAAUCAGUCCCCAGCUUCUCUUUCCACCCAGGGAUAUGGAGCUUCAAGCUUGGGUUUUAACUCAACCACUGAUUGCUUGGAUUAUAAGGACCAAACUGCUUCCUGGAAGCUUAACUUCAAUGCUGACUGCUUGGAUUAUAAAGAUCAGACAUCUUCAUGGAAAUUCCAGGUUUUGUGAAGACCUGUAGAACCUGUCUUCUUUUAAUUUUCUUUUUUGCCUUUCUUUCUUUCUUUCUUUUUUUUUUUUUUUGUGUGUGUGGGUGAUUUUUAAAUAUACUGGACCAGACAUUCCAGUUUUAGCCAGGCAUUGGUUAAAAGAAUUAGAUGGGAUGAUGCUCAGACUCAGCUGAUCAAUGUUCCUGGAGGCAUAGAAGGAAGAAUGAAAGGCCUUUAAAGGCCUGCCAACCAACAACCUGAAAUGGAUAAAUCAAUCUACAUAAGAUGCUGUCAAUAGUUUUAGAUCAUUGGUUUCUAUGAUUUGCAAAUCAAUCAAAAGUGUACUGACCAUGUGCAACAAACCACUACCAAACAUACGUAAAACUAAACUGUGAGGAAAGGAAGUGAAGGACAUAAAGCAGAGGUAUUUCAAUAUUUUAACCAAUCCUUGGUUGAAUCUUAUGAAUGGACAGUGUCUCAAGCUCACUCACGUUUCAUGACCAACUGAUAGUUGGCACUGAAAAACUUUUCAGGGCUGUGUGAAUUGUGCGACUGAUUGUCCUAGAUGCACUACUUUUAUUUAAAAAAAAAAUAAUGUUCAUAAGGAGUCAAUAUGUAGUUUAAGAGACAAUCAGUGUGUGUCUUAUAUAAAUGGUACAUCUGUGGUUUUUAAUCUGUGCUAGACUUCAAAACUGUGAUCUGUUAUUGUAUGCAACCUUGAACUCCACCUCCACAGGAGUUCUUCUGUGAUUAAAUAGGUUAUAAUUAUAAGCAAAAUCAGAGCAACUGAGUACUUACCUAAAAAAAAAAAAUUACCUUUUGCUGAAGGUGAGCUGCACUGAAACCUUACAACAAAAUAUCUCUUGGACUAGGAGAAAAAGAAGAGAAACAAAAGGACACUAAUUCAUCUGUAAUUUACUGCUGGCAAGUCUGGCAGUAAAGAGACAUUGGUCAAUUGCUCUGACAUUGAUGAAUUUAUAAACUGACAUUAUUGUCGUUUAUGCUUGCAGAUGUUAACUGGAAAAGUCAUAUAUGCAUAAACCUUUCCUUCCUGGAUUUGGCAGAUAUGUAUAAUUACAUUAAAAUGGU